AAUAAACACUUAUUAUUGCAUGAGUCACCAUUCACCAGAUAACGAUGCUAGAUAUCCUGGAGAUGUUAUAGUGAAUGCCUCCUUCGAACUCACUGACGACAACGAAUUCGUGUUAGAGUAUAGAGCGUACUCUACAAAACCCACAUGGGUCAAUUUGACGAACCAAAUUUACUUCAAUUUGGCAGGACAUGACACUGGCGCUACCGAGAUGCUCAACCACGUUGUGAGCAUAAAUGCAGAAUACAUUUGGGAAGCCAAUCGGCUGAUGAUACCUACUGAACAUAGAAUAACAAUCGAAAAGAGUCCAUUUGAUUUGAGGCAGCCACGGUUAUUGAAAGAAGUGUUCGCUAAAAACCCAGAUAUGGUAGGGUUUGACCACAACUACUGCAUCACGAAAGGAGAGUACCAACAGGAUUCUUUCAUUGCAAGGGUGUUACAUCCGGCAAGUGGAAGGAUUUUGGAACUGUAUUCGAACCAGCCUACUGUUCAGUUUUAUACUGGUAACAAGUUGCCCGUAGCUCCUAAAAACUAUAAGGGUGAUCCGAAAAAACUGCAUACUCUGGUUGGAAAAGGUCUCAAGAAUUAUAACAAGCAUGGUGUUUUUUGUCUAAGUCCCCAGUUUUACCCAGAUGCCCCAAAUCAUAAAGAUAGAGUUCCACAUUUCCUUCUCAAUCCAGGAGAUAUUUAUUAUAAUACUAUGCGUUAUAAAUUCUUCAUAAAAAAUAAACGAGAGGUUUAUCAAGUCACAAAAGGAUCAAGAAGUACAAUGGCAUCAAUUAUUAGUGUUGAUUUGUAAAAUUGUUGAAUAAUAUUUAUUAAAAGUUUCAUUUUAACUAAUAAACAAUUAUUAUUACAGGCAUGCAAAUAUAAAA